AAGCAAAAAUCGCGGUGUACGAAAACCUUGUGAUACAAUAAACGGAAGUAAUUAUGUUUUACUCCUACGACUUACUUUGCAUCCGAAGGGGAGGUCGCUACAGUGUAAUCUGGUAUACAGCCACCCACAGGAGGUAUCCACGCAAGGAAGAUAUUAAAAAAGUGAACAUAGCGAACACAUGGGCCAUGGAUACAGAAAGGAUCCCAGGCGAUGAACGUCAACCAGAGGAGCAGCGCAAGCGCGCCUCGCGGAGGAAGUCGAAAGCGCCGCCCGAGGUGCCGCUGGAGAGGCUCCUGGAGAUGACGCUGCAGCCGCCGCCGCUGCCCGAGGCCAUGGACGAGGCGGCCAUGCGGAUGCGCUUGGAGACGACGGAGGCGGCCUACACGUCCAAGGAC